AUGAGAGCCUGGCUUCAAUCCAAUAUAUCAUACUUAACAGGUACUACGGAACCUGUUUACGGCGCUGAGGCAAUUCAGCCCGUCACCGCUACCGUACAAGGUGUUAAUCCCUAUCAUACCUUGGAUGAGGAUGAUUACCGGUGGUCCACUCCUUCUACUAGCCAUGUUGAAACCCAAGUCUUUUAUAUUCGUCCCAAGAAUAGCAAUCUCAUGUGCUUUGUUCAAUUGAUUCAUUCUAACUUAGGUUCUUGGACUACUACAGCUCAAUCUACAUGUCGGAUUUUCGAUAUUGAUAAUCCCGAAAAUGAUUUAUGGACUUCCACUAACUUGGACCAAUUCAGUUUCGAAAACGAUCGUACCUGCUUCAGAGCUGCUAAUAUUUCAAUCGAUCUUGAAGGAAACCAUACCUAUAGAAUCCGUUCAUCCGUAAAUAUGGACUCUAUUAUCGAUAUCGUUAUUCAUCAAGAAAGUCCUCCUUUCAAGAUUGGUGAGAGCGGUACUAGCAACUAUGGUACCGAUCCCACCAAGCCUUGGGCUAGCAUGAAGCACGUCUUCUGGCCUCGUACUCGUGUUGAGGGUAACAUUGUAUCAAAAGGUAAGGUGAUUGAUGUUAGCGGUAGUGGUUUAUUUGUUCAUGCUUUACAAAACGGAAAGCCUCAGCAUCUGGCUUCUUCAUGGGAAUUUGCUCUCUUGCAAAACCCUAGAUAUACCGGUGUUAUGAUGCAAUUCAAAACUCCUCCAAGCUAUGGAUCUACAAUCGUUAAUGUGGGUGGUCUCGUGACGAACGAUAAAGUUUUGGCCGUGACCGUCGACAACACCAUUGAUCAUGUGGAUGUGACAACGGAUCCAGAAACAGAAUGGCCCGAGCCUACUCGUAUAGCGUAUGACUGGGUGGGUAAGGAUGCAGAAACUUAUCAAAAACCCGUGCAUUUAUCAGUUGACGCUCCCUUGGGUAGACGUUUACAGCGUAUUGAUGUUCUUUCUGAAAUUCCCACAUGGCUUCGUGGUUUUGUCCAUAAUGUGUCUGGAACAAAACCUUUUAUUUACCAAUACUUAACUCCUGUUACUCUCAAACUAAAUAUUGAUGGUGAGGAGAUUGAAGAAAAGGCUACCCUGUUUAAUGAAACCACAUUUAUUUCUUAA